GUGGCUGGCCGCCGCCGCGGUGGGCAGUUGCCAUAGCGCCGCCGCCGCCGCGCCCCGCGGAGGGCUCCGGCCUGACCCGCCGCCCGGCCCGGCCCCGCCGCCCUCUCCGGGUCGGGGCUGCCGAAGGAGGCAGGUGGGGAGAAUCGCAUCACUGCUGAAUUGAUGUCAGAAACAGAACUUGUCUGCAUGCCAAGUCUUCUAACCACCUGAUGUUACUAUGUGGGCAAGCUGUUGUAAUUGGUUUUGUCUGGAUGGCUCACCCGAAGAGAUGCAGCCGCAGCCGCAGCAGGGAGCCAGAGCCCAAGCCUAUUCCAACCCCGGGUACAGCUCCUACCCGUCUCCCACUGCUUCUGAACAGAGCUGCAAAGCCUGUGGGGUGCACUUCGACAACUCCUCUAGGAAGCACAUCUGCUUGGACUGUAAGAAGAAUUUUUGUACGUCCUGCUCAAACCAGCCUGAAGGUGGUCCCCUUCUCUGCCACCUAUGCCAGCGUUUCCGAGCCACAGCUUUUCAGCGGGAAGAGUUGAUAAAGAUGAAGGUGAAGGAUCUGCGAGACUAUUUGGCACUCCGUGAGAUUUCCACAGAGUUGUGUCGUGAAAAGGAGGACCUGGUAUUUCUGAUUCUUGGCCAGCAGCCUGUAAUUACCCAGGAAGAUCAGAUAAGAACAAAUCCAUUUAAUACUAGUGCCUCUGGACAGCAAGACUUCGUGAUUCUCCCGCCAACCAGCACAGCAUCUUCUACCUCACAUGACGAGUCUCCAGUGUCUGCAGAUCCCAUCUCAAGUUCACUAGCUCAGGAACAUCAACAGGCAAAUGGUUAUGUGCCCCCAAGCCAAGUCGGUGUGACAGGAGUUGAGAAUGCAGCAGAAGCACCAACAGAGGAGGAGACACAGUCUACUGACUCAGAAGAUAACCUGGUACAGGGGAGAAAGGCUUCCCUUUCUGAUCUAACAAGCAUCGGAGAUAUCAAUGCACUCUCUGUGCGACAGCUGAAGGAAAUUCUUGCUCGCAACUUUGUCAACUACAAAGGCUGCUGUGAAAAGUGGGAGCUGCUAGAGAGGGUGACUCGUCUGUAUAAAGAGAAAGACCUUCAACAUCUAGUUUCUGACACUGACGAUCAAACUGGUGGUGCUGGGCUCCCUGGCAUGGAGGACAACCUCUGCAAAAUCUGCAUGGACGCACCCAUUGACUGUGUCCUGCUAGAAUGCGGCCACAUGGUCACUUGCACCAAGUGUGGGAAGCGGAUGAGCGAAUGUCCCAUAUGCAGGCAGUACGUGAUAAGGGCUGUCCAUGUCUUUAAGUCCUAAGUAUGUGUAAGAAGACUGGUGAUGCCUUAAAGCCUCAUCUUCUGUUAGAGAAAUGGUCAAAAUCGCUACAACUAGGUCAGAGGUUAGCAUACGGACCCCAAUGGAAGCUGGAAGUGAGGAAAGGAUGAAGCCUGGGGAAAAUUGGUCUUACUCAAGCCAUGCCUGGCUGUGCUCUUCCCACUAUAGUGCUUUACACCACAGUGCCUGGACUCCUCGGAGCUUACUGCCAGCAGCAGACACAGAAAUCAUUAACCUCCAUUGUAGAGUAACUUGAUCCACUGCUGUUGGGAUAGAUGGAUGCUUGGCUUUCCACCACAAAGAUCAGAUUCAGAGGCUUUGUAUUUUCCACUGAAUAAUAAAAGUGGACUGGGGUCUCAAAAAGUGACAUUUGUUUUGCUGCUUAGGCUAUACACCCAGCAACAACUUUAUUUUCAAAGAUUAAAAUAUUACUGUACUUGUUUAUUUUUUUUUUUAAAUUUAAUGUUAAAUUCUUAUGCUUGCAGGACAGGCAGACAGCCUCUGAUUUCUGUAUUCAGAAUAAGCAUAAUUCUAGCCUAGUGCAAUUGUGGAAAAAUGUAUAGUUUUAUUUGAAGAUGGACUUUGUAUUACUGAAAAAUGUAAGGUGACUGAGACUCUGUGAAACAUACAGCCUUACCUUGUGUGGUGGUGGUUUUCUGUUUACAUGCCAGCAAGAGGGAGAUUUCUAGUUUGACUGUUGUUGAUCCCUUUGAAUUCACAGGCUUCCUUACAGUAUAUGCCAGCAAUCAUUUUAAAACUGAACUGACUUCACUUGAUUAAGGAGCUAUGAAUCCAAGGCUUGAGUCUUUUAGAAGGUUUAGUGAGGAAAACGUAACAGCUAAAGAGUAGUAAGGAUUCUGUUGCUACACAAUCAUAUUUAAGUACAGGUGACUUUUUCUUUUUAGAGGGGAGACAUGAAAGAAAGCAAACUUCAUCUCCCUUGAAUCAGUAAGAUGAGCGAUCAUGAUUGCAGCUGCUUCUGUUCACUAAUCAGCUUCCCCCCUAUUCUCCCCUUUGCUCAAUUUUACAGUCCUGUUACAUUUAGACUGCUUAUCAAAAGCAAUUUUGUACUCUUUCUGCUUGUGAGGGUGGAUAGGAGAUUCUGUGGUCUGCUAUGUGACAAUUGCAAGCCCUUACAGCUGUCCUCAUGGACAGCAUGUUCAUUUGGAAGCCUUCCUAGAGAAAAUUGUGACUGGCAUAUUUUUCCCUCUGUGGCCUGCAAGCAUUCAGUCCAUUUGGCUGGUAACACAGCUAAGUUUCAGAAUCUUGAUGCCUUAAGUUUUCAGCCACUGUGGGAUUGUAUACUCAUUUCAAGUCAUUUGUGAAGUUGAGCACCUUCUGCUGCAGGUUUUUUCCUGUCUAGCUUUCCCCUUUAUGGCAGGGGUGAUCACUUAGUGUUCAAACUGAAUCUCUGCAUGGCUGCCAGCAGAGGAACAGCAUAAAAUCCAAGCGUCCACUUACAGCUUCUGCAGUAGUGGAAGUGUAGUUACAGAAAUGAUCACUGAAGCCACCUCUUUACCAAUAAGUGGUAAUAAUAUGUUAACAGCAAAUUAAACUUGUGUAAUCUUUAACAUGGAAUAUUGCAUGAAUAGCAACUCGCUUCUCAACUGGCAUGGAGUGGAGGUCUCUGCAAGUUGGAACCAAUAAAGCACGCACUUAAGAUGAAGAAAUCUGUCACUCAGUAGGCAGCAGGACCUCUGCACUAUUGAGGUGGUCUGAACUUCACAAAAAUGCAACAGCUGCUGAGGUUUAUUGAACUAAAAAUUCUAAGUUUUACCUCUUUCCUGUUCAGGUUGUUCUCUAAUCUUUGGCUUAAGGUUUAACAGCUUCCAGCAUGAGAAGAGUACUGGUACAAUUCAACACAUUGUUGUUAAGGAAAAAAAAAUUGCAAGUAAGCAGUAACUGUAUUUACUCUUCAAGAGGUUCACAGGCACCUCUUUAAGAGGUACAGGAAUACACAUACAAAGUGCUGAACAGCCUCAUUUAGUAAAUUCACUGUGAAAACUGAUGUUGUCAUAUCUUUCAAUAAACUCAGGGCUGGGGGAAUUUAGCAGGAAGAAGAUUAUUCCCCUGUGGACAGAUAUACUUUUACUUGUAGAGGUUAGGCUUAUAUUCUACAGCAGAUCAGAUACAUUGCAGAUCAAUGCCUGAAAGUGUAGGAGUGAGAAGAUAAACCCACCAUAUGACUCUGAAAUGUGCUUUUUGAAGGGAGGACUUUUUUUUUUUUUUUUCCUGGCUACAGUGUUUCCCUUGCAAAAAUGGAUUUGCUACUUAUGGAUAUGGUUGAGUUGUUAUUAAGGGAGAAUCAAAAUCUAGAGGAAAUUGAUUAAUGAUCCAAAGGAAUAUAAUGAGCUGAACUAAUAAAGUAAAUGGAAAUAUUUAUGUGCUUUACGUACACUGUACAUAGUUUAAAUAUUUUAAAAGUUAAUAUUCUACUUGAAAUGGCAUGUUAUUCUCUAUUAAAUCCUCUUGGUACUAUGAUGGUUAAACUUACUAGUUUUGGUACAGAAGUUUGGUUUAUAAUUUUAUAAUAAAGUUGAACUGUGAUUUAGUUAA